AUGUAUCUGCAGUGUCCGCCAAAUGAAGAGGACCAGACUCUUCUACAAUGGUUGAGGUGCCACAAGACAUCUGGCUCAAAGCCCAAACCAUACACCGACGACCGGGUCCUGGUGGGUGUCAAGCACGUCUCCCUGUUCAAUCCCAUAUUCUUCUACCAACACUUGACCAUGAAUUUCCCGCAUCGCGAGGCCAACCAAUUGAGACAUGCUGGGGAAGACACCAUGCCUGAUACGAUCAAACAUUUUACACAAUGCAUUGCCUUGACCCCCCAAUACUGGGACACUGCGGAGACCAUCACCGCUGAAUUUGAACACGAGGGUCAUAAGGCUUACUUCAUCAACACAAUCGUCUCUUACGUUCAGUCACUUCAUGACAUCCUCUACCUUUGGCGCAUUCAUGUCGUCACUAAUCAAGUCAAGGACCUCUGCUCUCUCUCUUUGGAAUCCCUGUACCCGCUUUCACCUCAUCAAACCACCAUACUCGCAGACAUCACGGCCGCCCUUUCCUCCCGCCAAUCUUCUGUGUCCGACGACAACCAUUCUGCCUCCUCUGACUCCAGCUGGCAAAAAUACCGCCUUCUUUUGGGGAAGGCGGGCACAGCCAAAUCACAAGUACUCAUCUGUGCCAUUUCUUAUGCCAUUCGCCAUGAACUGUCAGUCCUAGUAGCUGCUCCUGUAGCCUUGCUGGCCCAAGGCUACAACUCCAUUUUCUACGAAGACGUGACCACCGAUACUCUUCAUGGUACUUUCAGCAUACCCAUUGACGAGCCUCUCUCGAACGAAAUCAACUAUCGCAUUAACCAGUAUGACCUGAUUGUUGUUGACCAGGCGUCGAUGAUCUCCUGGCCCAUCUUUGGAGUAAUGGCCUCCACGUUUAAUCGGAUGAACCUUCGCCCCGUUGUGGUCCUGGCAGGUGACAAGUGUCAGCAACAACCUUUGCAGACCGUCAACCGCAGCAUCAGCUCCACCACCUCCAUAAUCAACAAUAACGCCACCUUCUCUUCCUCUAACGCAGUCAUUCAUCGCUUACAACAGCAAUUCAGAAUCGUCGAUCCCGAAUAUGCCGCAUUUCUGGACCUCAUACGGUUCAUACACCCAACCCAGGAGAAGGUGGACAAAAUGCAGGACGGCAUUGUUCUUUGCCCUGAAGGUCAGCUGACUGACCGUCAAAUCUGGACAGCCUUCCAGAGCCAUCCCAACAGCACUGUUAUGACAGUCUCCCGCAAAGGAGCACAACCAAUUAUCACCAUCGUUGUGGGCCAACUAUUUCAGGGACGCCCUCUGACCAACAUCCCCUGCGCCUGUGUAGCGGACUCUCAGCCAAUCUACCCACACAGGAACAUG